CUGGCUCUUACAGUGGUCCAUCGACCUGUGUGGUCCCUUUUGAAGAUCCUUGGAUCACGUGCAGGCACCCGUCAACCUGCACUAGUACUGCGGUUGUGACCUUCAUCUUACUAGUACUACUACACGGAAGACCAAGAACAAGCAAAGUUAAAAUCAAUUGAGAAGGCACCUAAUUCAGAUUCUCAAUCAAUCUAAAGCUAUUUGCUUCAAGAACAUUAGUUUCUGCAGUAUUCGUCAUCCUCCCAACGUCGACUGAUUUUUCCUUUCUGCUUUUGUUUCUCAUCCAUUUUCUUCGCCUUGACACUGAGAACCAAAAAGAGGAAACGCUGUCACGAAGAUGUCGUAUUGCAUGACCGGUGAAAAGUUUCGCGAAGAAGCGUCUCGUCGCGGAUGGAUUGCCAAAAAGGGCAACGGGAGUGGCGCUCACAGUGUCGCGACUAAUGAACAUGGCGAGCAAGUUGAGCAUUGGGAAUGCCGCGAUGGAACGAAUACCAUCAAAAGUAGUCUGGAUCACCCGAGGUGGCACAAGGACACGCAUCACAAUAAAGAUUGUAUCCGAAAGGGGCUGACAGAUGAUGAGGUAGAGUCUUGAUUGUCUGCUUCAAUGACCUUGUUCUGGAGCGAUAAACAUAAAACGAGCCAAAAACCAAUGUGAAUGUUGUGACUGUAUUGUCGAGCGCGCUCGCUCCGAGGACGUAGCUAUUCUUGAAACCGCAGUUGUAGAUUCAAUUGAACAUGAAAGAGGACCCAAUGGAGAUUGGUACGAUUCAUGAAAGUGCAGGUUCUCGAAGUUCUGAAUAAUCCCCGUGCGCACACCGGAAAGGGGAAGGUCCUUUGGAAGAAGGACGAAAAAGGCCGAGCAGUUGAUAAUGACCAGCUCGUAGAGCUGCUCCAGCAACUUAAUAUCGAGGAGGAUUCGCACAGUGAUGAAGGCGGGCGCGGGUAUGUGGAGCAAUACGAAAGCGCCGCGAACGACGGCCGCUACCAUGCCGAUGCAGGGUGCAUUGGCGGGAGCAACUGUGGUACAACUGAGGUCUACUACUACCAUGAGGGCGGGCGUGGCGAUCAUGGAGACGGUGGACAUGGGGGUUGCCACGACGAGCAGUGGGGCGACUACGAGAACGACGACAACUGUCACUAUGAUGAUUACAACGAGGAGGGCGACUAUGACGCCGGCUGCGGGUCUGACUAAGGCCACGGAAAUCAAUACAGCAAUGCCAUGAAGAACGAGUAGAUGGCGAGACAAAGCAAUUUAUUAAUCAAGCUACAACUGACAAUCAAAGCAGAUGGCACACCCACAGUUUCAUUAACAUUAUCUCUGACUCAGACUCAGACAUUCUCUGUGAAAAUAACCUUUGCCCCUUCCAUUACCGCAGACCAUCACACGCUGACAGAAAC